AUGUCCGAGUCAACGCCUCGAAAGCGUUCGCGUUUAGCCUGCACUUUGUGUCAGUCACGAAAGCGCAAAUGUUCAGGCGGUCAGCCCUGUAGCACUUGCGCCCAAACCGAUGCGGAAUGCCAAUACAGUGCGCGCAAGAAACGCGCCAUACCGCAUAGUCUGUACCGAGCGAGCCUGUCACUCAGUGAACGGCCUACAGAUGGCUGGUCCGAUGCAGUCCCAAAUACCGUCGGCGCCUCGGCCAAUAUGGAACAGGCCGCUACAGUGCAGGCUUCUCCCCGCUGUACAAGCAGUUCAGAGGGCGUAACUCAUUCCCUACAGGCCAAUUCUGGCGCCGCGUUUGUUCGCAAACUUGGGCUCAGAAUUGACCCGGCUCAUGCACCACGAUUGCAAUUGUUUGCCUGGAACAUCGGCGAGAGACGGAUAUCGCCAACACUAUCCUCGGCCCUUCCCUCGAUGCCUGUCACGGUGCCGACGACUAUCACCAAACUUAUCACACAGGAAGAGAUGCGGCGGCUAGCAGCAAUCUACUUCGAGAAGAUCGAUCCAUGCUAUACAUUUCUGGACCGCAAAAUUUUCUUUACUCGAAUCGUACAGCGCUGGGAACUUUUGUCAUCUCCUAAUGAUUCUGCGGAACACCCCUAUGAUGCCGUACUAUGCGGCGUGGCUGCCUUUGGGUAUCUGUUUUCGCGGCGCGAGAUCAUAGCAGUGGAACUUCGACUCAUUGAGACCGCGCGCACUCUACUGGAUAAGACUAUCCUCGCAGCAGAAACACCCUCGGUCGACAUAGUGACAGGCUGGGUGUUGCGUGCUGCGUAUUUACGCAUGACAGCCUCACCACAUGCUGCAUGGAUGGCCAGUUGUACACUGAUGCAUCUCAUCGAGGCUGCAGGACUACAUCUUGGAACUUCAGAUCCAGAAGCAGCAGGCCUGCUUCAUACAUCACCGCCCGAGACACAAGAUGGCGAUAUAAAACAGGGAACCAGCGACCCCGUAACCAGGCAAAGACUCUUUGGCAUGGCUCGUCAUCUCAACACAUGGAUUUCCUUCGACCUUGGUCGCUCCCGCGUUGUCCUUCACGGUGCCGCAGCUCCCUCUCCUACAAUCACACCCCAAUCCCGCAAUCCACCCCAGCAAGCACCACCCCGAGCCCCACGCGCAGAGCUCUUCCACCUCCUCCCACUGUCCGAAAACCUCGAUCCAACAGGGCCGUCACCACAAGAUCUCCCAGAACUCGAAACAGCCCUCGCCUCCGUCCUGGAUCUCCUCUAUUCCGAACCCUCGCUAAUAUUAGUCCAAUGCAACCUAAUGCUAUGCAUUUAUCGCCGUCUCCGCGCCCUAAAUCCACACGGCCCAUUAUCCUCUAAUCUCAUUGACCGCGUUCUUGCACUGGCAGGCCGCGGGCUCCGUGCCGCACGAGGAAUGGUCGCCUCCAGCUGCCCCUGGCACCAAGUUGCCAAUGUUCCCUUUCAAGUUGUCUGCUCACUUCUAGCGAUUGACAAUCGGGCUGCGUUGGCGCUGCUCGCCGAUGCGAUGCGGACUCUGCGCGAAGUCCUCGCUGCCUAUGAUACACCUUCUAUGCGUGAGGCGUAUUCCACGGCAUACCUACUGAUUGCGUUGCAUCAGCGGCGAAAGGAGGAUGAUACACGUGCUCUUGCUGAGGUGUUGCGGGUCAAUGCUGCGGCGGCGGCUCCAGCGGUUGAUCAGAAAGAUAGGCAGAUUGCACCGACCGCGUUAGCCAACCAGAGUGAAAGGCAGCAGCAGGUUGCGCCAGACGUGCUGGUAUCAGAUGCGGAGUUCUCGUGGCUGGGUGAUUUGAUGAUUGAUAUGCCUAGUCUGCAGAACUUUGACCUAGAUCAGUUUUUAAUGACCGAUGUCCCAUGGCCUUUACCCGAGAUGGGGAUUUGA